AUGCACCUCGAAUUCUUAUUCCUUCUCCUCGCCCCCUCCAUCGCCGCCGUAACGCCUACAACCCGCGCAGAGACAGCCCUCACCGCGCUACAAACAUGGUACAACACCUCCAGCGGCAUCUGGGAUACCUGCGGCUGGUGGAACGGGGCAAACUGCAUGACCGUUCUUGCUGACCUGGCGGGUGUUGACGACUCUGCGCGUGAUGUUGCUGUCACCGUCUUUGAGAAUACGUUUUCCGCGGCGCCGAGAUCCAAUCCUGCGCCGGGACGGGGGAAUAACACGUAUAACGGGGCGAUUAAGCAUCAUCGCCCUCAGGACGUGACUCGGCGGCGCGCAGGGGUGGAUGUCUCCAAAUGGUUGGAUGGCGCGUACGACGAUGAUGCGUGGUGGGCGUUGGCGUGGAUCGCGGCGUUUGAUGUUACGGGUAGACACGAGUAUCUUGAUAUUGCGGUGGGCGUAUUCGAGGAGUUGAGUAAGGUGUGGCCGUCAAGGUGCGGCGGGGGGAUCUACUGGGACUACACGCAUACCUAUGUCAACGCCAUAGCAAACGAGCUCUUCCUCUCCUUGGCGGCGCAUCUCGCCAAUCGAGCGCCGAACAAGGAGUAUUAUGUUGACUGGGCUGAACGCGAGUGGGAUUGGUUCCGAGGCAGCGGGAUGAUCAACACGAACCACACAAUCAACGAUGGGCUGACGGAUAACUGCAAGAAUAAUGGCCAAACCACAUGGACAUAUAAUCAAGGAGUCAUCCUCGGCGGGCUGGCCGAGCUAUACCGCGCGUCUCCCAAUGCAACGUACCUCGAGUCAGCAGGGGAGAUCGCCAGAGCGGCUAUUGCGGCGCUUAGUGACUCGAAUGGUGUUAUUCAUGAGUCCUGCGAGCCUAGCAGCUGUACAGGUGACAGCACGCAGUUCAAGGGGAUCUUCAUCCGGAACUUGCGGUUGUUGCACAGUGUGGCUCCGGAUGGGGCAUACUCGCGUGUCAUUACAGCGUCAGCCGAUAGUAUCUGGGGGCAAGAUCGCGACGCCAGUAAUAAGAUGGGUGUUAAUUGGGCUGGUCCCAUUCAGCAGGUGGAUGCUUCAUCUCAUAGUUCGGCUAUGGAUGCGUUGGUUGCUGCCAUUGGAUUGGUGUAG